AUGUCACUACGUUCGUUCAAUCCUGCGUUUAAGCAAUUAUUUGCAGACAGGAAGCCGAUGCGGCUACACAUUCAUGAAAUGCUAAAUCCUCAUACUGUCCAGCAAGUUCUCGAUGGGAUGCGACUCAAGAAACUUUACCCCGAUGGGUCCAAAUUAGACAUUAUAGAGUGCAAUCCAGGUAAUGGGGUGUUUUCAUCCAUGGUGAAUUAUGACCUUAAACCCAGAAAUCAUAUCUUGAUAGAAUCAAGAACUAAAUUACAACAACACUGGAAGAAAGAUCUCCAGGCGUUACAGGGAAUUACUGGUAACAAAGAAAAUUUUACAUUAUAUCCCCGUGAUCCGUAUGAUUGGCAAACAUAUCUCGACUUGACGGAUAAAGAUAAAAUUAUCCAACCAGUGACCAAAUCGUAUGAUCAAGUGCAUGACGAGUUACUUUUGAUUGCCAAUUGGUGUUACGAUCGAGGUGAAAAAAUAGUUGCACAAUGGAUUGGAUGUUGUGGAGAUCGGAAUUGGCUUCAGAAAUACGGCAAAGUCCGAGUCAUCUGUAUGGCUCCAUCAAAGACGGUUCUGAAGUUCCUCUCUGAACCAGGGUUUGGUAAGCGGAACCGAACAGCCAUGAAACGAGAACUAUUUACCGAUUCAAAGUUGCUUGCCAUUAUUGCAAAUCUGGCUAAUCUUCCUGGAGAAGGAUACGACCCCAGGGUGCUCAUUCGUGAUCAGCCCGUAGCUGCGUAUGACAAUUCAAUACCCAAGUCAACCGAGAUGGGAAUAUUUGAAUUCUACCCUAGCGGAAUGACAACGGAUGCCAUUGCCGAAAUGGAAUAUCUUCUCCUGCCCAUGUAUAUGAACCGCCUGACACCAUUACGUCAGAUCCUCCCUAAGAUAGUAUCCGGUGGUGAAGGAAUGGCUGAGUCUUUGCCUCAUGACUUGUUAGACCGCUCACCACGAGAAUUCACGACUGAGGACAUAUUGGCAAUUGCCCAUGCCUACGAUAAAUGGCCAUUCAAGCCCGACUAUGUAGACACUAUUCAGUUGGACGAAAUAGAUGAAUCACAAUUUUAA